AUGCAUGGAGGUGCAAUCACGCCUGAUGUGAUCAAUGGAUUGCUGGUUGCACUUCGCGAUGAAAAUAAUGAUGUCAGAUGUUGUGCAGUUGGAGCUCUCGCGAAGUUAGGGGGCCGUGCAGUCACGCCUGGUGUGGUCAAAGGAUUGUUGGCUGCACUUGGCGAUAAAGACCACUUAGUUAGUCAAAAUGCAGCUCAAGCUCUCGCGAAGUUAGGUGGCGGUGCAGUCGCGCCAGAUGUGAUCAAUGGAUUGUUGGUUACACUUAACGGUAACUCGCACUUUGUUAAAGAGAAUGCAGCUCAAGCUCUCGUGGAGUUAGGUUGCGUUGCAGUGAGAUAUCGUGCAGCUCGAGUUCUCGUGGCGUUAGCUGGCCGUGCAGUCACGCCUGAUCUUGUCAAAGGCUUGUUGGCUAAACUUCACGAUAACGACGACUAUGUCAGAUAUCAUGCAGCUGCUGCUCUCGGCGGAAUGGAUAAAAGUGCAGUCACACCUGAUGUGGUCAAAGGAUUGUUGGCUGCACUUCGCGAGAAGGAUCAGUUACUUAGACAAAAUGUAGCUGAAGCUCUCGUAAUAAUGGGUACAAAUGCAGUCACGCGUGAUGUGAUAAAUAGAUUGUUGGCUGCACUUCGCGAUAAGCAGUACUUUGUUAGAGCGAAUGCAGCUAAAGCUCUCGUGAAGUUAGGUGGCCGUGCAGUCGCGCCUAAUGUGAUCAAUGGAUUGCUGGCAGCACUUGGCGAUGAACAUAACAAUGUCAGAUCUCGUGCAGCUCAAUCUCUCGCGAAAAUGGACGUUAGUGAGUCGGCUGACGACGAAAACGAUGGUCGAAAAUACCAUCAGUUAAAAAAAGUGAUUUGGUAG